CGCUGUUGCUAUGGCCGAGCUAGCCGGUUGCAGCGAGAGGCUCUGAAAGAGACUCGGUGGUUGCUAGGGCGGGAGGUCACAGAGCGCAGCUCAGGGAUUGGGCAGCGUCGAGGGAGGUGGGUGGUGAUUGGGCGGCGCCCAGGAGGCGCCCUGGUGAGGCGCGGACUUGCGAGCGUGAGUUCCGGCGAGAGGCCCGAGCUGAGGGCCCGCGGCUUCACGAUGGCCUCGGCCCAGCUGGACUACACCAUCGAGAUCCCGGAUCAGUCCUGCCGGAGCCAGGAGGAUAGCCCCAACCAAGGCGGGAAGGAGGCAGGGACUCGACAGCCUUUGGUGAUUCUCUUGGGCUGGGGUGGCUGCACUGACAAGAACCUGGCCAAGUACAGCGCCAUCUACCACAAAAGGGGCUGCAUCGUGAUCCGAUACACAGCCCCUUGGCACAUGGUCUUCUUCUCCGAGUCCCUGGGCAUCCCUUCCCUUCGUGUCUUGGCCCAGAAGCUGCUGGAGCUGCUCUUUGAUUAUGAGGUCGAGAAGGAGCCCCUGCUCUUCCACGUCUUCAGCAACGCCGGCGUCAUGCUGUACCGGCACGUGCUGGAGCUCCUGCAGACCCAGCGGCGCUUCUGCCACCUGCGGGUGGUGGGCACCAUCUUCGACAGCGGUCCAGGUGACAGCAACCUGCUGGGGGCUCUGCGGGCCCUGGCAGCCGUCCUGGGGCACCGGCCCGCCGCGCUGCGCCUCCUGCUCCUCGCGGCCUUCGCCCUGGUGGCCGUCCUGGUCCACGGCCUGCUGGCCCCGCUCACGGCCCUCUUCCACACCCACUUCUACGACAGGCUGCUCAACGCAGCCUCUCGCUGGCCCGAGCUCUACCUCUACUCAAGGGCCGAUGAGGUGGUCCUGGCCAGGGAUGUGGAGCGCAUGGUGGAGGCACGCCUGGCACACCGGGUCCUGGUGCGCUCCGUGGACUUCGUGUCGUCCGCACACGUCAGCCACCUCCGCGACUACCCCACCUACUACACCAGCCUGUGCGUCAACUUCAUGCGCAGCUGUGUCCACGGCUGAGGUCGCUGCCCCACCCGCCUCACCCCCGCUCCGGAAAUGAAGGCCCGACGUCCCCCCCCCACGGCCCGCCUCCGAGGGCGGGGCCGCUUCCGGUUCAACUCCCGGCGGCCCUCUGGGACCCCUCUGUGGUCCAGUAGACAGCUCCGCUGGGCCUCUGUGCCUGCUUAUCCCAGGAUCCCAGGGGCAGGAGCGCCUGGGCAGGUCUCUGCGGGAGCCACGCAAUGCUUGUGUUUGGGUAAGUGCAACAGCCAGGAUGCUGAUUGCUGUGGCAUUCGGGCUGUAAAGAGGUACCAAAGCCAGGGGCUGGGGCUGGGGCUCAGCCCCAGCAUCGAUUCCUUGAAUGGAAGGUGAGCUGUGCAGGGAGGUGCCAGAGGGUAGGGUCAGGCUGGGCCGGGGGCCGUGAUCUCUGCUGAGGCCCGGGAAGGGCAAAGCCCCACAGUGUGGAGCGCCGGCCCCAUGGAUCCCACUUGGCAGUUCACACAAAGAGGCUUCUCGUUGCCAGGGAGUCCAAGGGGGAAGCCACACGGGAAGCUGAGGCAGGUGGACUGUCCGGCUCUGCCAUGCUUUGCCAGGAAGCCGCCGGAUCCAGGAACGUUGCGAGAUGUGUGUGUAGUGGGCCGACGGAUUGGGAGCAGGAGGAUAGCAGCGCCACAGGGGAACUAGGACCAGCCGGGUCAGGAGCCCUAAAGACCAGAACCAGAACCAUUGGCCUGAAACAAACCUUUGUGUCCUUGAGGGAGGCCCAUUUGGAUCCUCUGUAGGCAGGAGGCGGCUUCAGCCUGAAGAGUUGUGUAUCACCUGUCAUUCUAUCACUGCUGCACAGUGCUAGCCAUAGUAGGCAUUCAAUAAAUAUUUGUUGAUUGAG